CUGCCGAGGAGACCAGGGCUGCCCGGCCGCGGCGCGCCGGCUUUGUCAUGAUGGCCAGCUACCCGGAGCCCGAGGACGCCGCGGGGGCCCUGCUGGCCCCGGAGCCCGGCCGCGCAGCCAAGGACCCCGAGGCGCCGCCGCCGCCGAGCCCAAGCAAGAGCAGCAGUGGCGCCGGGACAGCCCCGGAGAAGCCGGACCCCGCGCAGAAGCCCCCUUACUCGUACGUGGCGCUCAUCGCCAUGGCGAUCCGCGAGAGCGCCGAAAAGAGACUCACGCUGUCCGGCAUCUACCAGUACAUUAUCGCCAAGUUUCCGUUCUAUGAGAAGAACAAGAAGGGCUGGCAGAAUAGCAUCCGCCACAACCUCAGCCUCAACGAGUGCUUCAUCAAAGUGCCGCGCGAGGGCGGCGGCGAGCGCAAGGGCAACUACUGGACGCUGGACCCGGCCUGCGAGGACAUGUUCGAGAAGGGCAACUACCGGCGCCGCCGCCGCAUGAAGCGGCCCUUCCGGCCGCCCCCCGCGCAUUUCCAGCCCGGCAAGGGGCUCUUUGGGGCCGGAGGCGCCGCGGGUGGCUGCGGCGUGGCGGGCGCCGGGGCCGACGGCUACGGCUACCUGGCGCCCCCCAAGUACCUGCAGUCCGGCUUCCUCAACAACUCGUGGCCGCUCCCGCAGCCGCCCUCGCCCAUGCCCUACGCCUCCUGCCAGAUGGCGGCGGCGGCCGCGGCGGCCGCAGCGGCGGCGGCAGCCGCGGGCCCGGGCAGCCCGGGCGCAGCCGCGGUGGUCAAGGGGCUGGCGGGCCCAGCCGCUUCUUACGGGCCGUACUCACGCGUGCAGAGCAUGGCGCUGCCAACCGGAGUAGUGAACUCCUACAACGGCCUGGGGGGCCCGCCGGCCGCGCCCCCGCCGCCGCCGCACUCCCACUCCCACCCGCACGCACAUCAUCUACACGCGGCCGCCGCACCCCCGCCAGUCCCGCCGCACCACGGGGCCGCGGCACCGCCCCCAGGCCAGCUCAGCCCUGCCAGCCCGGCUACCGCUGCGCCCCCGGCGCCCGCGCCCACCAACGCCCCCGGCCUGCAGUUCGCCUGCGCCCGGCAGCCCGAGCUCGCCAUGAUGCAUUGCUCUUACUGGGACCACGACAGCAAGACCGGCGCGUUGCACUCGCGCCUGGAUCUGUGAGAAUCCCGCAGCGCACGCAGGAUGCGAGGAUGCAGGGACGGGCGACGCCGGCCUUGGCUGCAUCCACCGCCGCAGCCGGACCGCACGCCCGCAGGGUCUGUCUCCAGAGCCAGCGCCCGCCGCCCCUCUUCGCCUCGUCGCUCGCCUCGAUUCCUCUCGCUCCUCUUUGUCUCCUCGGUUUCUCCUCCUGUGCUCGCCUCCCUGCCCUCUCUGCCCUUUCUCUCCUCCCUCCUGCAGGCCGCCUCUGAGCGCACUUUUUCUGUAGGCCUUGUCUUCUCCCGGCGCCCCUGCGUCUGGGUUGGACACCCUAAGCCAAAAUUCAAGGCGGAGAGAAGUGCCCAGGCUGAGGCGCAGCCUGGCGUCAGCGGCGCAGACCGCUUGGCCAUCUCUCGCAGGUCGGUGCGCUGCGCGCUCAGCUUUGCCGGCCGGGCUGCCGCGCAGUCCUUGCCGAGGAGAACGGGUCCGGGCGGACAUCGAGCCUCGAGCCGCGGGGAAAAGGAACGAACGAGUAUUUGCUCCGUACCCUCCUGAAGUUGUUCAGAAGUCGCUCCCCAGGUCCCACUGGGCAGGAUGGGGGGUUGGGCCCGAGCAGGAAGCCGGGCAGCCUCGCCGGGCGGCCUACGCCCGGGUUUACACCACAUCCCGGCUCGGAGGGAGACUGCGUUUCCUUCGCUCGGCACGCCGGCGCCUCGGGCCCCUCCAGGCCGGGACAGCUGGCGAGGUUUUGCUUAAAAGAUCGGGAAGGCUAUUUUAGAUCAUAUUUUAAACUAGAUUCGUUAAGGAAAACGACUCACCGGGAAAACCGGUGAAGUACUGUGGCCUUGGAGUUUGCUAAAGCAAAACAUGAAAAUCUCUUGCAGGAAAUUUGAAGUAGAAUUCCUGUCUGUCAGGCCUGCAAAAAGCUGUCUUCAGAGAGGUAGGAGAAUAUGCUCAAUAACAGAUGGUCUCCUCUACAAAUUCGGGGAUUUUCCCCUUCCACCUAUUAAAAAAAAUCAAAAACAAAUUUUCCCGGAUCUUCCGAUGCAAGCCCAGAGUGCCGGGAGAUCACGGCCUGCCUGGCGGACGCUGCAGGGAUGGCUCGUCCCUGCUUUUUGUUUUUCAAAGGUCUUGCUUCUCGCACCUUGGGCAGCGGUCCGACCUAACGGGCCAGUGAGCCGGCCAGCCCGGAAUUCCCAGACCCGGUUGUUCUGUAGCGUGUCGUCCGGAGGACCAAAUUUUCUAGAGAGAACUAGAGCACUUUGGUUGUUUUGUCAAUUCCCGAAUAAAUUUCGUGUUCUUUCCCUUCA